AUUUCUGCGGUUGCAGUUAUUUGCUCAUCUCGAGCGACAUUGCAACUGAACUAUAUUUGAGUAUAGAAGAUCAGUCCGGUAGUCUUCCAGCAUAUGGAGAAUCUGUCAGUGCAGCUGACGGCUGAACGGUCAGUGAUGCUCUGAUGCCUCUAUAGUGGGAAGUCAUGAGUUUGUACACAAAAACAGCGUUGUUGGAGUAAACCAUUGAUUCUGCAGCAUAUGGACAUUUUUGACGGACAUUCACUGCGUUUAAUGAGUAGGCCUAGUUUAUUUUCAUAUCCUAUAUGUAUUGCAUGCCCUGUGUUGUUUGUUCCAUGACUAUAAGCUUGAGGUACUUUCUCAAGUUCUUGCAACAUCUCACAGAGUUAUGAUGGGUGCAGAAGGUCUUGCAGCAGGGUCACAUACUUAAACGGAGGUGAUAUGACAUUUAGUUAUGUUGGCUUGGCUUGGAUGUGACCUCCAUGGCCACAUAUGAACCUGUAUCUUGUGGUUCUCCUCUGAAUGUUUGAGCGUACAUAUCUCACCUCUCUGUCAGCUCAGUCUCUUAUUUUUUUACAGCAGCGCCACACAAAAGUUGCAGCACUGUUGUCGAAUCUGAUUUAAUUGAAGCAAACAAACUCAUAUGUGAAAGCAGUACCUAUACACAUAUAUGAACACACACACACACACACACACACACACACACACACUGUCACAUGAUCACAUCAUGAUCUUAUGCCCUGUUUGAGUUUGAGAGUGAGCGGCUGCUGCUCACUGGCUGAUUCUGACCAAUCAGCACAGUGAGUCAGAGAGGAAACAGGAGUAUUAUAUUCCUCUGAGUGUCACUGGUGAAUUUCAUAGGCGGGCACGCUGCACCCUUAAAGGGGCAGGACCCCUGUAGCUUAAUCUAGAUAUCCACAAGACGCCAGUUACUCCUUGAUGUACUGCAGAUGUUUUUACUUUGCUCCUGGAGUUGUCUCAGUGUGUAGAGAAAUAGUUGAGGUUAGACAUUGGUACAGCUCUCCAUGUAAUAACAUCUGUCUGGGUUUUCAGUUGAAUCACGGCCUCUGCCUGCGUGAGUCCGGCGACUGCUUACGGGAGCAGAUGCAGUACAUGAUGAGGUCACUGCAAGACCUGAAACAACUACAGAAAACCUGCCCUGCAGCCAGACGCCCCCUCAGCACCCAACUCCCAGCUUUAGUGCGCCACUCUGCAGUGGCACGUGCCUGUCAGCAGCGAGCAUUGCAGCGAGAGCAGCGCACCCGCCUGCGGAUGUCUGAUGCCAGCACGGCCAGUACGUACGACUCCGCCUGCUGCUUGUCUAGUCCUCUGGAGGAAGACGAGGACGACUCGAGCAGCCGGCUGGGCCUGGGCUCUCCCAGCAGUCAUAAAAGUCUGGAGUUUGAUUCAGGCUACUCUGAGGCAUCCUGGCAGGACGAAGGGGUGGUCCUCAGGAGGACCAGGAAUGUGAGGGUGUCAUCUUCAGCCUGUCUCCGCACAAACAGAGCACCGAGUGGACGCAUUCGGCCCAAAUCCACAUCUGACGCCUGUCUGGAGAGGUGGACAUCGUUUGAGGUCAGCGACCCAGAGGACUGGACAAACUCUUUAUUGACCAGAGGACGCAACCGCCAGCCUCUGGUUCUGGGCGACAACAGCUUUGCAGACCUCAUACAGAACUGGAUGGACUUGCCAGAUUGUCCUGAGCCCACUCAGCUGAAGCCAAAUUCAGGAAUGAAAUUAGGAAGAGGUUUCUUUGUCAACAUGAGGAGCAAACUGGUCGGGUUUUCUAAGAGUGUAGAGGACAGAGUAAGGAUGAGAUCGACAGACUCUGCUCAUGUUAACAGAACUGCAAACGCUCCAAAACGUCUGUCUUGUCCAGUCGUGGCAUCGCAGCCCAAAGUCCCCUUUUUCCACCAGUCUCACUCAGGCAUUAAUGAGACGCAGACAGAUUUCUACCACUUUGCAGCCCUCCUGAAAUCACGCAGCCGACAGCCCAUAAUCUGCAAAGAUAUCAUUGGAUACGUUUGACAUUCAUGUAAAGCCACGUACAGACCGGACAAUCCUCUGUCAAUUUAUUUUGAUAUGACUGUGUUUUCACCUCUUAUAUGCUGUGAAUAAGCUAAUAGAAAUAAAGAUGUUCUCAUAAUUUAAACUCUACAUACUCUUUUUUUAUAUUUUUUUUCAUUUUUCAUUUUUCAUUUCAUUGCAUGUGACACAGAAUAUGUGGUUUGUUGAUAUAAUUUUGAAUUCCCAGAAGACAUCCACCAUAGUCAUCUGAAUUUCAUUACACCUCAUUACAGACCCUGACCUCUCGCUAGUGAAUUAAAGGAGGUUUUUACUGUCUAAAGCAAAUAAAUGUGGGUUCAUUUGUUUUCAUUAGUAAUAUAAUACUCUGGGUAGGCAUGAUGGAGUUUGUAGAUGCUCGGUUCAGGGUCAUUGGUGUAUAAUAAAAAAGAUGAAAACAUGA